AUGCAGCCUAUGUCUCUUUUUUUUCCCAGUGACAAAGAGCAACAGCAGGCAGACUGGGUAAAGAUCCAUGAGAAGAUCUUCCAGCUGCUCAUCCCCAUUUGCAGCGCAACGCCCUUCCACAGCCUGCAGGUGGACAGAGACCACCACCGCGCCCAGAUACUGCACAGACAAGUGAGGAACAGACACAGACACUCACCAGGGUCUUAUUCAUUACGGUACUCGGCAGCAAUUAUGAUUUUGUUUUUGUUGAGAAAACGAAAACCAGCGGGUCUUAUUGGACAAGUCCAGUUCGUCGGAAUCUCUCCCUGUUUCAGUCCUUUUCUACUGUUCGUUGUCUAAUACGAAUCUGAAGAUAGUUGUCCCCUUAAUCAACGUUUUGUCAGAAGAAAAAAAAUCAGUAGCCCUCGAUCUCAAAUUAUGUUUGAAGAAAUGGCUGACAAUUUGAUUUUGGAUGGGAACAACUCAAAGAGAAGCUGUUUGAGGGGAAGUACCAGGAGUCGCUACCUACUGCUCAGCUCUCCCUGCGCUCUGCCAUGGACGUCAACGGACCCAGUGCUGUCCAGCUGGUCCCUGCAUACCUCCUGCUGGCCGAGGCUAAUGUUGGGGAGUCACAAGAUGGAGGAACCUCCCCAUGA